AUGCCUCGGGGACCGAAGAGUAAGCUCCACACCCAUGAGAAACACCACCAAGCCCGAGGUGAGAUCCAGCGUCGGAGGAGUGCUCAGGCCACUGCAGCCAAGGAGAAAGCAUUCCCCUCCUUGGCCCCUCCUCCCUUUAGUGUUCUUCCUCACAGAAAGCCUGCAGCUAGGUCACAUAGCACUCUCAAGAAGUCUCAGAGAGCCCUAUCCACCAAGUCUGCAGGUGUUUCUCACACAAGAUCAUACAAAGGAGCCAACCGCAAAAUUGAGAAAAAGCGAAGUUCCUCCCAGGCCCCACUCACCACUGUGCAGUCUCAAGGAGACCCUCUAACCAACAUAACGGGUAUUUUGGUGCAGUUCCUGAUGCACAUGUACAAAAGGAAAAAGCCCAUCGCAAAAGCCGAUAUGCUGAAGAUUGUCAGUAAAAAGUAUAAAAAUCGCUUCCUUGAGAUCCUCAAAAGAGCCUCUUUCAGCUUGGAAGUGGUUUUUGGUGUUGACUUAAAGGAAGUCGAUUCUACCAAACAUUCCUAUAUCCUGGUCAGCAAGAUGGACCUCCCCAACAAUGGGACCAUAAGCCGUGGCAGAGGAUUUCCCAAGACCGGUCUCCUGAUGAAUCUCUUGGGUGUGAUCUUCAUGAAGGGCAACUGUGCCACUGAAGAGAAUAUCUGGGAGUUCCUGAAUAAGAUGAGAGUCUAUGCGGGGAAGAGGCACUUCAUAUUUGGAGAGCCCAAGAAGCUCAUCACCCAAGAUUUGGUGAAGCUUAAGUACCUGGAGUACCGCCAGGUGGCCAACAGUGAUCCUCCACGCUAUGAGUUCCUGUGGGGCCCGCGAGCCCGCGCUGAGACCAGCAAGAUGAAAGUGCUAGAGUUUUGGGCCAAGAUUAAUCAUACCGUCCCCAGUGCUUUCCACUCUUGGUAUGAAGAGGCUUUGCGAGAUGAGGAAGAGCGAGUCAAAGCCACGGUUACACUGCAGGCUGAGGUGGAUGCCACGGCCAGUGAAUAUCCCAGGGAAUGUCCAGCAAGUGCCUCCCACACCUAAUGAAGUUGAGGGGAAUUCUUCACGUUGUGGCUGAAGAGAGCAGUCAGUGUUCUAAGGAGCGGAGGGCAGGGUGUGACUGAGGGAACACAGUGUAUAAUACCUCUGCGCUCCUGUUCUGUAUGGGUAAUUUGGAGAUUUAUCAGCAUUUUUAUUUUUUGCUCUUUUUCAAAUGUUGUUACUUUGAAGUGAAGGCUUAUCUAGCAUUAUAAUCUAAAUUUAUGAGUUACAUUGGUCUUGUUUAUUGUUGUUUGUCAGGUUUAAGAGUUAAGAGUUUUGCUGUUUUAUAAAACAAAUUAGGAAAAUUUCCAUCUUACUUAGUAAUCUGGUACAACGUAACAUGGCAUUGGUGUAUGCAUUUCCUUGAAAACAUGAAAAAAAUAAGCACUAAAAUAUAUGGAAUCGAUACAGAGGAAAAGAACAAGAUGGUUGGUAUUUGGCUUCCUAAGCCCUUUUAC